AUGGUGCUAAGAACAACUACAAGUACCACUUUGUGGUGGCUCUUGCUUCCGUCGCUAUUACUAAUCUCGUCGCUAUUGCUAUUCAAGAAGGGAAGACGAUCAAUCAUCUCAAGAUCAUCACCAUCAUCAACUUCUUCUCCUUCUCCUUCUCCAACCCUUCCCUUAGGUAGCUUGGGAUGGCCACUCGUCGGGGAAACCAUCGAGUUCGUCUCCUGUGCUUACUCCGAUCGCCCAGAGACCUUCAUAAAUAAACGUCGUGCUCUGUAUGGAAAGGUGUUCAAGUCACAUAUAUUUGGGAACCCAACCAUAGUAUCAACAGAUGCAGAAGUGAUCAAAUUCAUACUCCAGAGUGAUGCCAAAUCAUUUGUUCCAUCUUACCCUAAAUCCCUCACCGAGCUGAUGGGCAAAUCCUCCAUACUGCUCAUCAAUGGCGGAUUGCAAAGAAGAAUCCAUGGCCUGGUUGGAGCUUUCUUCAAGUCACCACAUCUCAAAGCUCAAAUCACAAGAGACAUGGAGAAGCUCGUGAGGGAGUCGAUGGCGAAAUGGAGAGAGGAUGAAGCUAUCUUCAUUCAAGAUGAGACCAAGAAUAUUGCCUUCCAAGUUCUAGUCAAAGCAUUGAUUAGCUUGGACCCAGGUGAAGAGAUGGAGUUGCUCAAGAAACAAUUCCAAGAGUUCAUCUUGGGACUCAUGUCUCUACCUAUAAAACUACCAGGAACUCAGCUCUAUCGAUCCUUACGGGCAAAGAAGGAAAUGGUCAAACUAGUGAGAAAAUUAAUACGAUCGAAGCGAGAAGAAAUGAACGGCACCACAACAUCCAUAGUAUCGAAAGAUGUGAUCGAUGUGUUGCUCAAUGAUUCGAGCAACCAGUUGACCGAUGAGUUGAUUGCGGACAACAUGAUUGACAUGAUGAUACCGGGAGAGGACUCGGUCCCGGUCCUCAUGACUCUAGCCAUCAACUAUCUCUCUGAUUGUCCUGCUGCCCUCAAACAAUUAACGGAGGAGAACUUGAAGUUGAAAAGUCUGAAAGCUCAACUUGGGGAGCCCUUGUUUUGGAGUGAUUAUUUGUCCUCCUUACCAUUUACGCAAACCGUGAUCACUGAAACAUUGAGGAUGGGGAACAUUAUAAUAGGUGUUAUGAGGAAGGCCAUGAAAGACGUGGAGAUCAAAGGUCACUUGAUACCAAAGGGCUGGUCCGUUUUAGCCUACCUUCGAUCUGUUCAUCUUGAUGACAAUCACUACGACCACCCUUACCACUUCAAUCCAUGGCGAUGGCAAGAUAAAGACGUGAGCAAUAACAACUUCACUCCUUUCGGCGGUGGACAAAGACUAUGUCCUGGAGUUGACUUAGCUAGACUUGAGGCUUCCAUUUUCUUACACCAUUUUGUCACUCAAUUCAGGUGGGUAGCUGAAGAAGACACAAUCGUGAAUUUCCCCACAGUGAGAAUGAAGAGAAGAAUGCCGGUUUGGGUGAAAAGAAGAGAUCAACAAGCACUAUAAAAUAAAAGGGAAAAAACUACAGGGGUGAAAAAGAGGAAAAAGGAAAGAAUAGGUACCAAAAGGAAAUACUUUUAAUUUCUUGGAAACAAUACAAAAGAUAGAGCAAGCAAGGGAGGCAAAAGAAAAAGAAUCUACACGUCUACUUCUGAAAGAGAUAAAGCAAGCUGAGACUGACUGCACACGUGUGGUAGUCACACACAUAGAAGAACACAACAUCACAGGCUGACUGCUUCUGUUGUCCCAUUUUGCGUAUUGAAGAUUCCAUAUUAUCAUCAGAUGACAUUUUGUCCCAAAUUGUGGUAUAGGCGAAUCGAUCCAC